AUGCCUUUCAUGAGGAAAGCCUUUGCCAGCAAUAAUCCCUGGCAUGUCGCACGAGUCGAGCAGACGCGGGGAGGAGAGGAGCGGCGGCGGCAGCCUGAAGCGGCACCGGAGCCACAGCGAGUCUCGGGCAGACGCGGGGAGGAGACGGGCGGCAGCAGCACCCUGAAGCGGCACCGGAGCCACAGCGAGUCCUUGCCGGGCGACAACUCGGGCGGGGGCAGGGAGCAGAAGAGGAAGACGCGCGAGGUCGAGCCGAUCCAGCACCUGGAGUCCUUCUAUGAGAAACUUCCUCCAGAGCUGAUUAAGGAAAAUGAGACAAAACCAGAAGACUGCAUUCCUGAUGUGCCUGGAAAUGAAAACACACAAGAAUUCCUCGCACAUGCGCCAACAAAGGGACUCUGGAUGCCUCUAGGUAAAGAGGUCAAAGUUAUGGAGUGCUGGAGAUGUAAAAGUUAUGAACACAGAAGAGGUGAUAAAGAAUGUGCUUUCUUCAUUAAAGACAAUCAGAAGCUUGAACAAUUCAGAGUAGUGCCUGAAGACUCCGUGAAUGAUACAAAGGAAAACAAGCGUCACGAGAAAGAAAUGCGGAUGCAGCAGUUGAAGAAGCUGCUUGAAGACUCCAUUCGGACGCAGACAGAAGAAGAAGUAGUGGCGGAGGGGGAGGAAGAAGAGGGAGCUCUAGUGUUUGCGGAGGUAAGGAAAGACAUAAGAAGAAAAAGGGGGAGAAGAGGAAGAAAAAAGAGAGAAAGCUCAAAUCUUCCAAAUGAGACAGAACUGGACUGAGGAAGCUUGGUGAACUUUUGGGAAGCAUCCAGAUCCUCCUGAAAGAGGUUUUGUGGUCGUUUGGAUACGAUCCGCGGGCACCUUUACCUGCUCCGUUGCGAUAUUUUGCAGGCUGCCUUAUCAGCAGGCUCUCUUGCUGUAUCUUUGCAUUUCACACACCCCUAAAUAUUAAAAAACCAGUGUGAUGGUUUAGUACAAGAGCUGCUGUGAAACAGAAUUGCCUCUCGUGUUCCCUGUGAGUCUCCUUAUUAGGAGCUAUUGGCCUACAGAUCCCUGUCUACCGUUCGGCUAGUCUUCCCUGCGGCUCUCCACCAAGCCUCCUAAGAGGUUGGAAGCAGUUUGGCGGCAGCAAGGUAUGUUACUCCGGGACCCAGGAUGGGGACUGCAGGGGAGGAAUUGCCAGUAGGGAAACCUGCAAAAACACUGCUGCAGUGUCUGCACAAGGACCCUCCGGGUCGUAGCUUAGGAGACUAUAUAUAUAUACAGAUGGACAAUUGCUUUAGUGUCAUGAAAGUGAAAUCUCUGCUAUGUGGCGGGCUAAGGAGGGUGACGUCUGGCAAGCCAAAGUUAUGCUUUCCGAAGCUAAAGCCAGCAGUCGCCAGAAACAAGAGUAAGAUUUUGUGUGGAUUUCACACUGCAGAACCUUUGAAUUAAAAAGGGUGCUUUUUCAGCAUGAGAAACCGAUCUUUAUUUCACAGAAACUGUGGUUUGUACCCUGGAAUUCAUGGAGACGAUUUAUGACUACAGUUGCACUUGAACGGAAUCAGGGUGAUACACCCAGUUUAACUUAAA